GCGGUUUAGAUACAGAAGUCUAUAUCAGUUAGGUAUUCGAACGUCUCCGUGAAGUUAUUCUAUAUAAAGAGCCACAUUGAUGAGUUCAAUCCCAAGCAAUUUAAAAACUUGAACCUUCUUAAUAAUGGCUCUUUAUUAUCAGCUCGCUUCAAUGAGUGCUGCAUCCACUCAUAAAGACAAAUGCAAUGGUGCAGCCAAACUCUCAGAUGAAGCCAUUGUCAGGCGAUCAGCCAAUUACCAACCUACCAUUUGGGGAGAUGAUUUUGUUCAAUCACUGAAGAGCCAUGUGGAGAAAUCAUCUGAAGAACGGGCUGAAAAGCUGAAGGAAGAAGUGAGGCUGAUGCUUGAUACUGCGGUAGAUUCUGUACAGCAGCUGGAGCUCAUUGAUGUCUUACAAAGACUUUAUCUUAUCAGUUUGAAGAUGAGAUAAAGAGAAUUUUUGAUAGGGUCUACAAGAGCAAGCAUAAACUAGAUAGUUUAUAUGCGGUAACUCUGGAGUUUAGACUCCUAAGACAACAUUACUAUGAUGAUUAAGUAGGACAGAGCAAUGCAUAUUUAAAUAAUAAUUUUCUGUGGGAACAGUAAAGUAUCCCACACUGGAAAUUAAGUUUGGUAUGGUUAUAUAAAAUAUGAGAAAAAGUCUUAUCCUUUAACACUAAUCAAACCUUAUGGAUGUAUAAAAUAUAAGGAAAAGUUUCACUUUCACGUUUGUA